UUGUUAGUUUUAAUUGGUUUUUUUUUUAUAUAGAUUGCACACAAAGGUAGAGUGGUGACAGAUUGAUGUGUACACAGUUCAGUGGCCUGAGUGUCAGGCAGAAAUGAAGUCCUCUGGGCUGAAGGUCUCUGAGGGAGAGAAAAACAUUUCACGGAUUUGGUUUUGAUUCAGAUGAAUGAUGAAGCUAAACUGUCUCCUGUGGAUUCUAUCUUUUGUGUUUUAAGCUUCACUAAAAAAAGAAAUUCUUACCUUCCAGCAUUUAUUAAACAAUUGCCUACUUGGUGCCAGAACUGUUCAUUAGUGGCCAUUUUGCAUGAAUAGUUGCAAAAAAAGAUAUUAGGUCAUGUCUGGUAUGUUCUGAAAAGCUUCCAGGUUAGUAUUGCAUUCCUCACGACUACAUUGCGCUGCUUACAAAACAGGCAGUUUGCUUCUGAAGAAGUUUGUCCUUGAGCUGAAGUGAGUUUGAAAUGCAUCACUAUGUUAUGUUUGGAGAAAAUCCUUCUGGCUUUCUCAGACAAACCUUUUUUUUCCAAAGGAUGUGUAUUCGACCUGCUUUCUCUCUCUCUCUCUCUUCAACAUGUGCAGAUUCCCCCCGCCCUUUAUCGGCUGCUGCACCAACCUUGCUACCUCUGUGUUAAGUGGACACACUUAAAAAGAAGAAGGUGGAGGAGGUCAGGUUAUUUUACGUGUUUACAUUUGUUGUAUUUAAUUUCUCUGCUGCAGAGAUCUUCUCUGUUAUUGUGUCUGUGUGAGGUCAUCAUGGACUAACAAAGUCAACAAAGCUGGGAUGAAGAUGACGGGCCACACGCCCGAAAGUGAUCGGUUGCCCCACAACCUGUCAGUCAAGACCAACUUGGAGGAGGAGCUUGAGAGAGCUGAGAGUAUUCUAAACAGGGUUCCAUCCAUCUGCGACGACACGUCCUCAGAGCUCCAAAGGGUCGCUGCUCUGGACCCUCGCGGCGGCACCUCCAGAAACUCUUUUCAAAGGAAUGGAGCCGUCUCAAGAAUGGUGAGCCUGGUGGUGAGACUGAGGGAAUGGGCUCACAGAAGCUUGGUCCAAGAGCAGGAAAGACCGGACUCCUUCCUGGAACGCUUCAGAGGCCCGGAGCUCCGAAACGUCCCCAGCCGCAUAAGCAACAUACAAACGGAUGCCAAUGGCAAUAAUACCAAAGGGAUCCUGAGGAAAAAAUGGGAUGUUUUUGUGGUGUCCCCGUCCGACGACGCCUACUACCGCUGGUUAUUUGUCAUCACAGCAGCAGUGCUCUACAAUUGGUUCCUUGUUGUGGCGAGGGCAUGUUUUGAUAGAUUGCAGGUGGCUAAUUACAUCUGCUGGCUGGUGCUGGACUACCUCUCUGACAUCGUGUACGUCAUGGACACUUGUGUACGACUUUGCACAGGCUUCCUGGAGCAAGGCCUCCUGGUGAAGGACCACGUCAAGCUCAGGGACAGCUACAUGCGUACAUUGCAAUUCAAGCUGGACGUGGUGUCCAUCCUGCCCACCGAUCUGGCCUACUUCUCCACCGGCAUCCACACACCUCAGCUGAGGUUCAACCGCCUGCUGCGCUUCCCGCGGAUGUUUGAGUUCUUCGACCGCACCGAGACACGCACCAACUACCCCAACAUCUUCCGCAUCUGCAACCUGGUGCUCUACAUCCUGGUCAUCAUUCACUGGAACGCUUGCAUCUAUUACGCAAUCUCCAAGUCUUUAGGUUUGGGCUCAGACACUUGGGUGUUCCCAAACGCCUCCAAACCGGAGUAUUCCUCUCUAACUCGGACUUACGUGUACUGUCUCUACUGGUCCACUCUCACUCUCACCACUAUUGGAGAGAUGCCUGCACCGGUGCGAGACGAAGAGUACCUUUUUGUGGUUUUCGAUUUUCUUGUCGGCGUCCUGAUCUUUGCCACUAUUGUGGGGAAUGUCGGUUCUAUGAUAGCCAACAUGAACGCCACCCGUGCAGAGUUCCAGGCUCGGAUCGACGCCAUUAAACAUUACAUGCACUUCCGCAAAGUCAGCAGAGAAUUGGAGACUCGUGUCAUCAAGUGGUUCGACUACCUCUGGACCAACAAGAAAGCUGUGGAUGAGCAAGAGGUGCUCAAGAACCUCCCCAACAAACUGCGAGCUGAAAUCGCUAUCAAUGUCCACCUGGAGACCUUGAAGAAAGUGCGCAUCUUUCAAGACUGUGAGGCGGGACUGCUGGUGGAACUUGUACUCAAACUCCGCCCACAGGUCUUCAGUCCUGGAGACUACAUCUGCAGGAAAGGUGACAUCGGGAAGGAGAUGUACAUCAUCAAAGAGGGGAAACUUGCUGUGGUGGGAGAUGACGGCGUGACGCAAUUUGCCCUCCUCCUCGCCGGGAGCUGCUUUGGAGAAAUCAGCAUUUUGAACAUUAAAGGAAGCAAAAUGGGCAACCGUCGGACCGCCAACAUUCGCAGUCUGGGAUACUCGGAUCUGUUCUGCCUCUCAAAGGACGACCUGAUGGAGGCCGUGACAGAGUAUCCAGACGCUCGGACGGUUCUGGAGGAGAGGGGCCGCGAGAUCUUGAUUAAGGAAGGGAUGCUGGAGCACGAUGCAGAGGUCGGCGGGCUGCAGAAGGAAGACACGGAAGAGAAGGUAGAGCGGCUGGAGUCUUCCCUCGACACCCUUCGUACACGCUUUUCGCGGCUUCUCUGCGAAUACACGGACACUCAACAGAGGCUGAAGCAACGCAUCACGUUGCUGGAGCGGCGGAUGAAUCAAACGGACUCCGGAGCAGACGCUAGCUCCAGUUUGGAGCCGACGGUCUUACAAAAUCAAACCAGAUUUAUGCACCAAAGUUCAUUGUAAGCCCCAAAUGAAUACAGCAUUCUUUGUCAUGAAGAGUGUACAGGAUAAUAGAAUGUAAACACCUCUUGUUUGGUUGCAUCAGCGGAGGGAUUUUGAUCAAGACAAGUGGUGCUCUGGCCCUGAACACCUCAUCUGUUACCGGUCGGGCCUUUGGGAACAAGGUCCAAGGAGAGCUGCUGGAAGGUUACUUGAUGAGUUCACAAACACAAUUAUCUUUCCAGGUCUUAAAAGCAUUUCUUGUUUUACAAUUCAAGAUUAUGGCCACGUUAACCCACAUGUUAUGCUGCAUGACAAUUUGACUUGUUUAA